UCGAACGAGCAUCAGAUGCCGCCUCCUCAAACCGCGACCCCUCUCGCCAUCCUCUCCCGCUUCCUCUCGUCGCCCUCGCCCUCGCCCCCGCCGCUGCCCGAGCUCCUCCGCGUCCACGCGCUCGCCGUCACCUCGGGCCUCUCCCCGCGCCCCGACCUCGCCGCCAAGCUCGUCUCCGCCUACUCCUCCGCGGGGCGCCCCGGGCUCGCCGCGCUCGCCUUCUCGGCCUCCCCAUGCCCCGACGCGUUCCUCUGGAACUCCCUCAUCCGCGCCCACCACUGCGCCUCCGAUUUCGCGGCCGCGCUCGCCGCGCACCGCCGUAUGCUCGCGUCGGGCGCGCGGCCCUCCCGCUUCACCGCGCCGCUCGCCGCCUCAGCCGCGGCCGAGUUGAGCGCGCUCGGCGUCGGCGCCUCCGUGCACGCGUACUGUAUCAGGUGCGGCCUCCUCGUCGGCGAUGGCGGCUCCGUCGCCGUCGCGUCGUCUCUGGUGUACAUGUAUGCCAAGUGCGGCGUCGUCUGGUACGCGGUGAAGGUGUUCGAGGAAAUGCCCGAUAGGGACGUGGUCGCGUGGACUGCGGUGAUAUCUGGGUGCGUGCGGAAUGGGCAGUGUUCGGAGGGGUUGCACUAUCUGGCGGAGAUGAUCAGGCUUGCGGACAACGGCGGGACGAGGCCAAACUCACGGACAAUGGAGAGUGGCUUGGAGGCUUGCGGGGUGCUAGGUGAGCUGAACUCUGGUAGAUGUUUGCAUGGGUAUGUAGUGAAGAUCGGCGUUGGCAAUUCCCCGUUGGUGGCUUCUGCACUUUUCUCAAUGUACUCGAAGUGUCACAACACCGAGGGUGCGUCUGUUUUGUUCCCGGAAUUACCAGAGAAAGACGUGGUUUCCUGGACUAAUUUGAUUGGAGCUUACUGUCGGAGAGGGCUUAUUAGGGAGGCCAUGGAGUUGUUUCAGGAGAUGAAGGAGUCUGGUGUGCAGCCAGAUGAGGUUCUCGUUAGUUGUCUGCUUGCAGGGUUGGGUAAUAGUGGAAAUGUGCGUGGAGGGAAGGCAUUUCAUGCAGUUAUAACAAAGAGAAACUUUGAAGAUAGUGUUUUGACAGGAAAUGCUUUGUUAUCAAUGUAUGGAAAAUUUGAAUUGGUGGACGUUGCAUGCAGAGUUUUUAGAUCUUUGCAUCAACAAAAUGCGGAAUCGUGGAAUUUGAUGAUUGUAGGAUACUGCAAAGCUGGAUGUGAUGUCAAAUGCUUGGAGCUGUACCAUGAGCUGCAGUUCAGAGAUAAGAAUGAAUUCCUGUGUGAUGCCAACAGCUUGGUUUCCGCAAUCUCGUCUUGCUCACGGCUAGAGGAGCUAAGACUAGGUCAAUCUGCACACUGUUAUUCAAUCAAGCACUUGCUUGAUGAUAAUAUGUCAGUUGCAAAUGUUUUAAUUGCCAUGUAUGGAAGGUGCGGAAAAUUUGAUCAUGCCUGCAAAAUAUUUGCCCUGACCAAACUGAAGGGGGAUGUUGUCACGUGGAAUACGCUGAUUUCCAGCUAUGCUCAUCUGGGUCAUUCAAAUUCUGCACUAUCACUGUAUAAUCAAAUGCUUACUGAAGGUUUGAAACCCAACUCAGCAACUUUGAUCACUGUCAUUUCAGCUUGUGCAAACCUGGCUACAUUGGAACACGGAGAGCAGAUACAUUCUUAUGUGAAAGAAAUGGGGUGGGAAUCUGAUGUAUCAAUCAGUACAGCACUUGUUGACAUGUAUGCUAAGUGUGGGCAACUUGGAAUUGCAAGAAGGAUUUUUGAUUCUAUGCUUCAACGCGAUGUUGUUGCUUGGAAUGUGAUGAUAUCAGGGUAUGGGAUGCAUGGGGAAGCAAAACAAGCAUUAGAAUUAAUUGAUGAGAUGGAGAGUGGAAGUGUUAAGCCUAAUGGUGUCACCUUUCUUGCCAUUCUAUCUGCUUGCUGCCAUUCAGGGUUUGUUGAGGAGGGAAGGAAGCUGUUCACUAGAAUGGCAAAAUAUUCACUUGAGCCUAACCUGAAGCAUUAUGCCUGUAUGGUGGAUCUCUUAGGGAAAUCUGGACACCUCCAAGAAGCAGAAGAUAUGGUUUUGGCCAUGCCAGUAGAACCUGAUGGUGUGGUAUGGGGAACUUUGCUAAGUGCCUGCAAAGUGCAUGACAACUUUGAGAUGGGUUUAAGGAUUGCAAAAAAGGCAUUUGCUUCUGACCCAGAAAAUGAUGGAUAUUACAUUUUAAUGUCUAAUUCAUAUGGCAGUGUUAAAAAAUGGAAUGAGAUAGAGAAACUAAGAGAGAUGAUGAAGAAUCAUGGAGUGGAAAAAGGUGUAGGUUGGAGUGCAGUUGAUAAUCGUGGGUGAUUUCAAUUUUAGAUAUGCUCCUUUCAUCACUCAUAAUUAAUCUUUUGGUUUGUUUUGCAAAAAGAUAGUGGCUUUACAGACAGAGGUCCAAAUUUGCUGAUCAAUGAAAGCAUUGGCUUGUUGUCGAAUGGUAAGAAGGCCAUUGGAAUUGAAAUGUCUAUCAUGCGUUGGAAGUAAUGCAUAUAAAUGGUUAUGCCGUAAAAGUUAAGGCCAUAAAAAUAUUGACUAUGUUUCUUUGGGAGAGUACAGAAAUUGAUCCACUGUGCCAUCUGUAUCAUAGAAGUGGGAACUGGGAACCGUUCAGUUAAAGGUGUAUACAUAAAUAGAUCUGUGCACCAGCUGGCUGUAAGCAUGGCAGAUACAGAUUGUUGCCAGUAGAUUUCUGUAUGAUGAAGCAGCUCCACUGGUAGAUAUUAUUUGACCAUGAUCAUGGUGUCAGUGUCACUAUUGCAGUUUUCUAUAAAAAGUUCUGAGCUAGUAUUAUGUCACUGCAAUUUUGCCAUGAUCAUGGUGUCAGUGUCACUAUCGCACUUUUCUGAAAGAAGUCCUGAUCUUGUAUUAUGCUGCUGCAAUUGUUGGGUGUGAAAGAAUUUACACAUCUGAAAAUGUGUACUCGGCUGCUUAUAACAAGGUAAAUGAUUACUUGCAUAGUCCUCGCAAGUCAUGACAAAGCACAAAGGAGCUAGCCUUGGCUGCAUGUAAGAGUCAGGUGACACAAAAGAGCCCACAGAAAAAUAUCACAACCUUGCCUGGUUGCAUAAGCAUUUGUUUUUCGUCGGCAGGCAGGCGCGUGUGGUCACGCGCCUUCUAGCGACCAUGACGAUCAACUUACAUGAUUAGCUUUUCAAAAAACUUACAUGAUUACAUCGUGCUUGAUUGGUCUCCGGUUGCUGCAGGAGGACAGAAACUUCCUGCAUGGAAGGGCAUGGUACGAGUCAGAAUAAUGAGGUAGGGUCGGAAAGUGAUACCUUGUGUCACGUCACGUGCCUUUGGUGCCAUGCCACGUUGAACCAGAGCUAGUUGCGCUGACCGGAGCAAAAAGCCGGCUGCAGCAUACUCCGUAUGCAGUUGCUACAUGGCAUGACUUUUAUUGUGUCAUGUUGCUCAAAAUUCCUAGGGUCCAUGCCUUCGGAGCACUAAUUGGUCUGUAAAUGAUGCUUAGCAAGCCAGUGCCAGUGCCAGUGCCACACAGGGAGAUGUAAACUGAAAACCUCUGACCAACUUGUCACUUCUUUUGUUGCUUGCUGACGACAUAUGGCUGAGCACGGCUGCGCUAUCGUGCGGGCCUGAAAGAAUAAAUGAAACCAAACGCCUCAUAAAUCCUGUUUCGACGAAUGGCACCUUGUGACA